UGGGGAAAGCAGCUAGCCGGCCAUCCUCAUUCAGCACAUCAAACUAGCAACCUUCGACUAUAAGAUCAGGCUACACCGUGAGGCUUUUCUUCUCCGCGCACAAAACACGCAGUUCUUGGAAAAGACGGCCCUACCUAUCCUUAUCAAAUGGAUAAUGGAGACUGGGGGUAUAGGAUGACUGACCCAGUCACCUUAAAUGUCGGCGGUCACCUGUAUACCACCUCUAUAUCAACUCUUCAGCGAUACCCAGACUCAAUGCUGGGUGCUAUGUUCCGGGGAGACUUCCCCACCACACGGGAUGCCCAAGGAAACUUUUUCAUUGAUCGAGAUGGGACCCUCUUCCGCUACAUACUGAACUUCUUACGCACAUCUGAGCUCACGCUUCCAGUUGAUUUCAUGGAGAUGGAUUUGUUGCGGAAAGAGGCUGACUUCUAUCAGAUCGAACCUUUAAUCCAAUGCCUCAGUGACCCAAAACCAUUGUACCCACUGGAUACCUUUGAACAGGUGGUAGAACUGUCCAGUACCCGCAAACUCUCAAAGUACUCAAAUCCAGUGGCAGUCAUCAUCACACAACUAACCAUUACAACAAAGGUUCACUCACUGCUUGAGGGUAUCUCCAAUAACUUCACCAAAUGGAACAAACAUAUGAUGGAUACAAGAGACUGUCAGGUAUCAUUCACAUUUGGACCUUGUGACUACCACCAAGAGGUGUCUCUCAGAGUUCACCUCAUGGAGUACAUAACAAAACAGGGCUUCACAAUCAGGAACACAAGGGUGCAUCACAUGAGUGAGCGUGCCAAUGAGAACACAGUGGAGCAUCACUGGACUUUCUGUAGGCUGGCUUACAAAGUAGAGGACUGAAGAAGCCAUUGAUAUUAUUUCCAUGUUGUUACCAGUAACGUAAAUUAAAUUCCAUUAUUUGUUGAGCACCUCACUUUUAUCAUCAGUGGAAAAUAUGGGGAUAUCUUGUUUAAACAUCAUUCUUUAAAGAAAAAUAAGUACAAAAUCAAAGAAAGGUUAUGUUAUACCAGCUCUGUGGUUGAAAAAAAACAAACAAACCUUAAACAAAAUUCCAGUUCAUUCCACUAUAUCAUGAAGAACUUAUCAGGUGAC